AUGAGCAAUGCGGCGACGGCUUGCACCCACCCACUGCGAGAUCCGGCGCCGAUGACCAACAUGGAGCGGCCUACGUCGGUCUCGGACCGCGUCUUGACGUCCGGCCGGCGGCUCAAAAUGGGCCUCUCGUCGCUCAAGUCGAUUGAGAUUCGCGAAACGACCGCGGCCCUGCGCAUCCAGCAGUUCUACCGCAAGUACCUCGUCAAGUGCAGCCGGCCACUUGUCGUUCGCCCGCCCGCCAGCUCCAAGAAGCUCAAGGUCACGAACGACACGCUUGCGCUCACGACGGCGUUCUUCACGUCCACGAUGGCGUCCACAAAGCAGCUCCACGCACGCGAAAUGCUGCACAAGCCGACGCUUAUCGACGACCAUGCCGCAAUCGCGCACGUGGACCUCAAGGCCGCCGAGCCCGCGCUUCUGUCAGCCGCCAUGAAGGAGCUCGCCGCGCUUCGAAGCUCAAGUCCGUCCGAAGCCGACGUCACCGACGCCGACCUCUUGGUGCACGACCAGUUCGUCAACAUGAUGCACGAAAAGUGGCUCCUUUGCAGCACGGCCGAGCGCCAGCAUAUCCACGAGCCGUCAACGGAGCCCAAGCUGCCGUUCUACGCGACAGUCUGCGACGUGCGUCCGUGGUUCUCGGACCUCGUCUUCGUGGCGCGUGGCGGGCCCACCGAGCCGCAUGUGCGGGAGGUCAUGACUGGCCCAUCGAGCGUCAAGCACUUACGUGGCAUCAUCGAUGCCAUAUCGGCGCUCAACGGAACCGAGCAGUGGGCGCCGGACGCCUCCGCGCUUGUGCCCAAGAUCCGCAAGCUCUUCUGGACGAUGCGGUCGGAAAUGAUUUUGCCCAUGGUGCGUUCGAUCGGGUACAUUCUCUGCAAGGGCUGGCGUCUUCUCUUUGACGGUCUGUACAUUGACGCGGCCUCCAUUACGAUGCUGCAAGAGCUCGUCGCGCGCCUCGGGCCGGACGUAAGCCUCGUCUUUACGCCGACCCACAAGUCGCACUUGGACUACCUCAUUGUGAGCUUUGUCUGCUUUGCGUACGGGCUUCCGCUGCCCCGCAUUGCGGCGGGCAACAACCUCAACUUGCCGCUCGUCGGCCGCUACUUGCGCGCGAACGGCAGCUUUUUCAUCCGCCGCUCGUUCCAGGGCGACACGCUGUACAAAGAAGUGCUCACGUCGUACGUCCACCAGCUCUUGGUCGACGGCGCACCGCUCGAAGUGUUUGUCGAAGGUGGUCGGUCGCGCCACGGCCGCGUUCUGUCGCCGAAAUUUGGCUUCUUCCACAUGAUUGCGUCCUAUCUGGAAGCACACCCGCACAAAGCGGUGGUCGUAGUGCCCCUCUCGAUCGACUACGACAAGGUGCUCGAAGUCCCCGACUAUGUCGCGCAGCUCCUCGGUACGCCCAAGCAAAAAGAGUCGAUUUGGAACCUCCUCAAAUCGGUCGUCUCGCUGCUCUUCAACCGGUGCGGCUUUUGCUACGUCCGCCUCGGUGCACCGAUCACGAUGCAAGCGGGGGCGUCCAUGGAGCAGCUCGGCGCGUCGGUUGUUCGCCGCAUGCAGACGGCCGGGACGAUCACGAGCACGUGUUUGGUCGCCACGAUCUUGCUUGCGUCGCGUGAUGAGCCCUUGACGCGCUCGCAGCUCGAGGCCCAAGUGCGCUGGCUCCAGGCGACGCUCGUGACCCGGGAUGCGACGCUUGCGCCGUUCUCAAGCCUCGAGACGCUGCUCGACCACGCAUUGCGCUUGCUGGAUCUGCCCUUGACGGCGCCGUUCCUACCGACGCCUCUCGAUGCCAGCUGCAUGCUGCGUCUGGCCUAUUACCGGAACCACUUGCUGCACCACUUCGUUCCCGACAUGUGCCUGGCGACGCUGCUCGCCUCGUACACGUCGUCGACCUUUACACUGCGCGACGUGACACGCGACCUCGCACUGCCAUGGGCGCUGUGCAAGCGUCUCUGCCCCGGGGCAUCGGUGCAGUCCCUCGAGACGUCGCAGAUGCAAGCGUUCCUAGGCUCUGUACCGAUCCACGUCCUACGUGACGGCGUCUAUUCUGUGGACACCACCGCGUACGCAAAAGACCCGCUCGUGCACUUGGCCACGUCGCUCCUGUGGCCGUUCAUGGACGCUGUCGCGCUCGUCCUCCGCGCGCUCGAGACGCACAUUGCACCCCUCAACGACAAGCAUCUCGGGAAGCGCCAUCAGUUUUCCGAGCGCCACGUCAUUACGUGGAUCCACAAGGAGACGCCGUUGGGUGCGGUCGACCACGACGAGGCCAUGAGCAUGGAGAACAUCAAGGUCGCCCUUCACGCGCUCGUCGAUAGUCACGUCGUCCUCAACGACGCGCGGGUGUUUGAACUGGCGCCGGCGUAUGCGAGCCUCGCGUCGCUCUCGACACUGCGUCGGUCGCUGCUCCGCAAGCCGCGCCGGCAGCGCUGGCAUGUCCCCGCCGCAAGUGAGCCGCGCGCUGUCUCGUGGGGCCACCUCGCGCUGCUUUUGCUGUAG